GCCAGGUUGGAGUCUAAGCGUGGGUCGUGGGCGGAGAAAAAAAUAAAUAUAGACAGAAAUAGACAACUCUUUCCCCCGGCUUGGCCCUUCUUGUCUAAACCACCUUCCUCCCCCAUUCAUCACUAUAAACCAAUCUACUCUUCUCCUUCUUCUUCUUCUCCAAUGGAGAUCGCCUCCAGGACUGAGCAAGAUUCCGUCAUCACCAAUGCCGGCGUCACCAGCAGCGGCGGCAGUUGCUCUUCCUCCUCCCUGCCACUCUAUCAGAAUCCUCCACCCCCGCCGUUGACCCCAAAAGGAAUCUCGAGAUCUGAAGCCGCGGGGAAUCCUUACCCGACAACCUUUGUUCAGGCAGACUCUUCCUCCUUCAAGCAGGUUGUCCAGAUGCUCACCGGAUCAUCGGGAACCGCGAAGAACCCUUCAGAUCCGCCCCCGUCCGCCGCCGCCGGCGGCAACAGAGGGUUCUCUCUGCCUCCCAAGAAGCAGGGGUUCAAGGCUCUGUACGAGCGGCGGAACGUGCACAAGAACGGGUUCAUGAUCAGCCCGUUGAUCCCCGGCGGCGCGUCGCCGCGGAAGCCGGAGAUCCUGUCUCCGAGCAUUCUCAAUUUCCCGUCGCUUGCCCUGAGCCCCGUCACGCCGUUGAACGAGGACGCCCCGUUCGGCAAUUCUUCGCCGUCGGUGGGGAAUUCGUCGGAAGAGGACAGGGCUAUUGCUGAGAAGAAGUUUUACUUGCAUCCGUCUCCGAGGUCUGCUACUCCGAGGGACUCUCCGCCGCAGCUCUUGUCUCUGUUUCCGGACAAUUCGGCGGCGCGUGUUUUGGGCUCUUCGUCUUCUUGAGGGGUUUUAAUUGAAUUGCCAAAUUUGCCAUUACAUCUUACGAUUGGAACAGGAUAAUGUAACAGAGUUCUUGUUUCAAUUGUAUUUAUUACAAUUUGACACCUUCUAUAAUUUUAAAAAAGAUAAUUCUCUUUAUCUCUGUCUUUUUAUUUGAUCAUUUUCUACAUCCUUUUCCAUAUUUACCAUUCAUA